UCAAGUAGGAUAGUAGGAGGGAGUCCGGCACCUUCAGGAUCAUGGCCCUGGCAGGCCAGUCUACGUUUACAUGGGCAGCACAAGUGUGGAGCCACUCUCAUCAGCAACACUUGGCUAAUUUCUGCUGCUCACUGCUUUGAACUAAGUACUGAUGUGAAUUCAUGGACAGCAGUGUUGGGUUCUUUGUCAUCAAGCCCCGGAUUUGGGUUAAAGUUCCGGAGGAUCAUAGUAUAUGACUCUUUUAGUUUUGGAGAUAGUGAAAACGACAUUGCACUUCUCGAGUUGUCUGCUCCGGUCAAUUUUCAACAAAACAUCCGUACUGCAUGUCUACCAAAGGCAUCUGAUAACUUUCCUGAUGGUUCAUCCUGCUAUGUCACCGGGUGGGGAGCACUUGAAUUUAAUGGCCCUAAGCCACGAGUUCUACAACAAGCUGAAGUGAAGAUAAUCAAUCCAGAUGUGUGUGCUAGUCCCCAAAUGUAUGGAAAUAAAAUACAACCAGCAAUGCUAUGUGCUGGAUAUGUGGAGGGAAAAAUUGAUGCUUGCCAGGGUGAUUCUGGUGGUCCUUUGGUCUCUAUGCAAAAUACAAAGUGGUUCCUUAUUGGAGUUGUUAGUACUGGUUAUGAGUGUGCAUUACCUAACAAGCCUGGCAUCUACACCAGAGUUACAUCUCUGCGCAACUGGAUUACUCAGAAGUCUGGAUUGUAA